UAGUAGUAGCUACCUUCAUCUUUCCUUUUUCUCAACCAUGGAUGUUAAGUUUGCCACAGCCUUAAUAGUUUUGUAUGUAAUUUGCCUGAGCAAGAGCAGUGCCUUUGACCCUUGUGCCUCUCAACCCGAUGACUCCUCCGAUCUCAACGUCAUUCCCAUCUUCAGCAAAUGCUCACCGUUCAACCCACCAAAGACAGACUCGUGGGACAACAGAAUCAUGAGCAUGGCCUCCAAGGACCCAGCCCGAGUCAAGUACUUGUCCACGCUAGUGGAAAAAAAGACCGUCUCCUCGGCCCCGAUUGCAUCGGGCCAGGCCUUCAACAUCGGUAACUACGUGGUGCGGGUCAAAAUCGGAACCCCCGGUCAACUCAUGUUCAUGGUCCUGGACACCAGCACAGACGAGGCCUUCGUCCCAUGCUCCGAUUGCACGGGCUGCUCCAACACCACUUUCUCGCCCAAAGUCUCCACCAGUUUCGGCCCAUUGGACUGUUCCGUUCCGCAAUGCGGUCAGGUCCGCGGGCUUUCGUGCCCCGCCAUAGGAUCCGGCGCGUGUUCCUUCAACCAAUCGUACGCAGAUUCAUCUUUCUCCGCCACGCUCGUCCAAGACUCGCUCAGAUUAGCCACUGUUAUUAUUCCCAAAUACUCUUUCGGGUGCAUUAAUGCCAUCUCCGGUGCCUCCAUUCCGGCCCAAGGACUUUUGGGCUUGGGCCGUGGCCCAUUAUCGUUGGUUUCCCAAUCCGGGUCUCUCUACUCCGGUGUCUUUUCUUACUGUCUUCCCAGCUUCAAAUCCUACUACUUUUCCGGGUCGCUUAAACUCGGACCCGUGGGUCAACCCAAGAGCAUUCGGACCACCCCGCUUUUGCGCAACCCGCACCGGCCUUCUCUGUAUUACGUGAAUUUCACCGGAAUCAGCGUGGGGCGUGUACUCGUGCCCGUGCCCAGCGAGUAUCUAGCUUUCGACCCGAAUACCGGAUCCGGAACUAUCAUCGAUUCGGGCACUGUUAUAACCCGGUUCGUGGAACCCGUUUACAGCGCAGUGAGGGAGGAGUUCAGAAAACAGGUGACAGGGCCGUUCUCGAGCAUUGGAGCAUUCGACACGUGUUUUGUGAAGACGUAUGAAACGUUGGCACCAGAAAUUACGCUUCACUUCACGGGGUUGGACCUGAAGCUGCCAUUGGAGAAUAGCUUGAUUCAUAGCAGCGCAGGGUCGCUGGCUUGCCUUGCAAUGGCGGCGGCGCCGAACAAUGUGAACUCGGUGUUGAACGUGAUUGCCAACUUUCAGCAACAGAACCUUAGGAUUUUGUUUGAUACGGUGAAUAAUAAGGUUGGCAUAGCCCGUGAGGUUUGCAACUAGUAGCUAGUUAUUUUUUGCUUUAUUGUAAGUGGUUCUCUUGAUUUAUUAGCCAGCUAGUUUUGGUUGUUUCGUCGUGUUCAAAAAAUGGGUGUGGCCACGCUGAAUAAGCUUCCCUUCCGAAGAUAUUCAAUUUGAAAUACAUUAUUGUAUCUUCAGGUUGAUCGUAACC